ACACCAAACCUGAGCCAAAACCAUCUUAUCCACUACAGCCUUCUGUGCUCUUCUCCUUCCCCACACCAUCUCAAAAUAGCUUUCGGGCCUCAUUUCACAAGGGGGUCUACAAACCAUCUUGGGUCGGAAUCCACUCAGCAGUAUGGUACUUAACCGCAUGGCAGGAGCCAUGAACUUUGCAAUGCGUCCUACACAAAUGCCUCCUGCCCCCUCCAAUAGAGGCAUUCGACCUCCCACUGUCAUUAUUCCACAGCCCACAAACUCUAAUAACAACAACAACAUUGCCAGCAACACAACCAACCUCCAUGGACGACGACGAGACCUGCUGGUGUCGACCCCUAUUGCAUUGAUUCUCUCCACUGCUACCACUAGUGAUGCCGCAAAUGCGGAUCCCGAAUUGGAAUUGGAGGGGAGAGAAGAGGCUACUGAUACUACUGCUAGUACCACCAGUGCCACUGCUGAGGGGGAGGAGGAAGAGGUUGCGACGACGAUGCAGCAACAGAGCGAGAUUAGAAGGACGAGUUGCUCAGAGCUUGUCGUUACACAGAGGGUGUUCAUGGAGGUCUCAAUCAAUGGGAAGCUGGCAGGACGCAUUGUGAUCGGGCUAUUUGGUGAGGAUGUCCCCUCUGGGGUCAACAGAUUCUCUGACUUGGUAACGGGCAAGGCAGGCGCCAGCUAUAGAAGGAAAGAAUUUGUGAAAAUCAUGCCCAACUACAUACAGAAUGAUGGGUUGCGCUCCUAUGGGGUUGAUGCCGAGAUGCUGUCAAGCAGUAAGGGGGGUGAUGUGGCAGGACUCUUGGAAGAAAGGGAGCACCUCAAGGAGAGAUGUGCAGCAGAAGCAGACGCAUCCGGUGAUGGUAUAAGGAACAGGCGUGGUUCAGUGGGCAUUGUGAUAAGGGACCCCUCAAAACCGCCUCCAGAGCUGAAGCUAGUGGCCAAACAGGGAAAGCUAGAGAUCAAGGAAGAGGAAGCGAGAGGGAACCCCAAUGGGACCAUGUUCACUAUCGCCACAAAAGAUGCCCCUGAGCUCGACGACACCACCCUUUUGGUAGGUCGGGUUUUGGACGGUUGGGAGGUUGUGGACAUCAUCUCCAAGGUAGAGACAGUUCAGGACAACACAAGCUCCCCUUACUUCCGGGUGGCAAAGUUGAUCGGGGACAAGAGAGCUGUAGUUGCAGAAAGAGGUUUCAAUCGGCCUUACUCAAAGAUUGUCAUCACUAGAUGCGGAUUAAUUGAGUAGCAGCACACCGCACGCACUGCAUUUCUUCCGAGAGGAAACUCAAAUAAUUGGGAGAUACACAGAGAGAAAACUCAACUCAACUAAACAGGACGGGACCAAUCAACCAACCUCCCCCUACCCUGGACCGGUGUACUCGAUUGUCGAGCGCUCGUCACAUCAAAUGUGAAAUAAAAGCUUGACACAUGCACAAAACCUGCUAUUCCACAAAAGAGCACUCAAUCCUCUAUAAAAUUAUUGAACUGAAAUGACUGAGCCAACCACCGAUGCAAGUCAUGGCCAUCGUUCUUCACUGUUUAACUUUUGGGAUCUGCAGGUGCCUCCUUAUUCAUAAACUUGUUUCUCCUAGAGAGGACGAUACUGAAUGACCAAAUGAGCAUGUCCAUUGCAUCACCUAUCCUAUUCUAUUAGCCAACACAUGGGGUUUAUGUUAAGGUUAUGUAAAAGAAAACAGUUAUUUGAUUCCUCGU